CUCAUUUUUCCCCAUUUUCAUACCUCACAAUUUGAAAUUUUUUCAGAGCUCAACUCUGCGAUUCACUGCUCUUUUCGGCGAUGCACGGUGUGCUCAUCUCAUUCCGGUCACGGUCCAUCGAGUGCUGCUCAUCCCCACGAGUCACAAUCCGUCGAGUGCUGCUCAUUCCGGUCACGGUGCUCUUCUCAUUCCGGCAAGUCGCAGUCCGCUGCUCGUAUCAUUCCGGCGAGUCCGUUCUCAUUCCGGCGAGUCACAAUCCGCUGCUCUUCCCCGGCGCCGCUGCCCUUCCCAAGGUUUGGAGGACACGUCGCCACCCGUCGGCAGCCGCGCCUUGGAGACCGGAGGCGCUGCUCACCGAGAUUGAACAGCCACAGCCAUGGCCGCAGGAGUUCAAAAUCGAAACUGAGAAAAUGCUUAUUAAAAUGGUUGAGACUGAAUUGGAGGCCAGGAAGCAGGCCAAUCCCCUGUUUCACGAUAAGUUACAGUUUCUGAACCUUAAGAAUGCGAACUCUCAUAAACCAAAGCUUAAACUGGCAGCACCAACUUUGGAAAACUCCAAGGCCGAACCUCAUUUGCAGCUUAAACUGGCAGCUUAA